AACAAGCUCCCUAUUGGGAUGGUCUUUUUCCCCCAAACAUCUCCCUUUAAACCUGUGAAGGGACACCAACCAAACACCACUGCCUGCCCACAAACCCACACACACACACAUACACAGUCACUCACACACAGCACCCACCCAAGAGAUGCAUACUCAAAUCCACGAGUUGGCAUGCUGCUGCUGUCCUCCCUCCUCCCAACCCCAUGAGGCCAUGGCCAAGAUAUAUAUAACUAGGACUAGCUGAGAGCUUUGCUUCUUCAGAGUUCAGAGAACUCACUCACAGGGGAACGGAGAGGGUAUCCCUGUUGCCUCCCCAUCUCCUCUCUUGUGCAAGCAAGCAAGCAAGGCAAGGCAAGCUAGGCGUGGACAAUGAUGGCGUGUGGGUCUCGCACUCGGAGUCGAACCAAUAACGAGAUAGUCGAUGAGUACCAGAAGCUGGUUCUCAGAAUGAACCCUCCAAGGGUUACCGUGGACAACGACUCCGACAUGACUGCCACCUUGGUGAAGGUGGACAGCGUCAACAAGUAUGGGACCUUGCUGGAGGUGGUUCAGGUGCUGACCGAUCUCAAGCUCACCAUCAAUCGGGCCUACAUUUCCUCCGACGGCGAGUGGUUCAUGGACGUGUUCCAUGUCGUGGAUCAGGAUGGGAAUAAACUUUAUGAUGGCCAAGUCAUCGACAGAAUUGAACAGUCUCUGGGAGCGGGAUCGCUGAGCUUCCGGGGUCCGCCGGAGCGGCUGGUGGCCGUGGAGGCGGAGGCGGAGGAGGCGCAGACCACCAUCGAGCUGGUCGGCCGUGACCGCCCGGGCCUGCUGUCGGAGGUGUUCGCGGUGCUGACGGACCUCAAGUGCAACAUCGUGGCGUCGGAGGUGUGGACGCACGACGGCCGCGUGGCGGCGCUGGUGUACGUGACGGACGCCGACACGCUGGGCGCCAUCGAGGACCCGGCGCGCCUGGACACGGUGAAGCGCCUGCUCCGCCACGUCCUGCGAGGGAGCAGCCGCGACAAGAAGGCCUCCCGCGCCGCCAUCUCGCCGGGCGUCGAGCACGCGCCGCGCCGGCUCCACCAGAUGAUGCAGGCGGACCGGACCGCCCGCCGCGAGGUCGGCGAUGGCGAGGGCGUCGGCGAGCGCGGCGAGGCGUCGGGCGCAGGCGGCGGCAUGCCGGUGGUCGCGGUGGAGGACUGCGCCGAGCGCGGGUACACGCUCGUCAACGUGCGGUGCCGCGACCGGCCCAAGCUGCUGUUCGACACGGUGUGCACCCUCACCGACAUGCAGUACGUGGUGUUCCACGGCACCGUCAUCGCCGAGGGAUCGGAGGCGUACCAGGAGUACUACAUCCGGCACCUCGACGACAGCACCGGCGGCUCCGGCGAGGACCGCGACCGCCUCUGCCGCUGCCUCGAAGCCGCCAUCCAACGCCGCUACACCGAGGGGCUUCGUCUGGAGCUGUGCUGCGAGGACCGCGUGGGGCUGCUGUCCGACGUGACGCGGAUCUUCCGGGAGCACGGGCUGUCGGUGACGCACGCGGAGGUGGACACGCGCGGGGCGCAGGCGGCCAACGUGUUCUACGUGGUGGACGCGUCGGGGGAGCCCGUGCAGGGCCACGCCGUCGACGCCGUGCGCGCCGAGAUCGGCGAGCAGUUCCUCUUCGUCAGGGAGCAGCACGACGCCGCCGCCGGGGCCGGGGCCGGGCCCAAGUCGCCGGUGGGCGGCGGCGGCAGGCGCUCGCUCGGGAACAUGAUCAGGUCCCGCUCCGAGAAGUUCCUCUACAACCUGGGGCUCAUCCGGUCGUGCUCGUAGCCGGCCACCGACGACGCUAGCUGGCGCCGUCGCUCGCUGCCGGUCGACCGUCGGCCAACUAGCUAGGCUACUACUACCUCUAGUUAAGCUAGCAUUAGUCGUCACUACGCUACUAGUAGUAGUAGUUAAGCUAGCAUUAGCAUCUGCUAGAAAAAAGGUCUUGGCUCCCAUCAACGCCCCGUUGAUCGAUCCAUGUCAAAAGCUCAUGGACGAACGUAUGCAGGAACCUUGAUCGAAAUCUGAUGCUGCUGUGUGUAAAUACGCUGAUCUUCGAAUCGUCUCGCUCCUUCAGUCCUUCCUUCUCUCUC